GCCCAUCGCUACCACGCUCCAUGGCAGCGCACAGCCAAAGUGCGAGCGACCCUACCACGGUGUAGCUACCACGGUUCUUCUGGGACGCCCUAAGUGGCUUAAGACCUGCCUCCUUGAGAGACUCUCUCACUGCCACCUGCAGCUGCCACCGGGGUCGGUGGAGGCACUCCGGCCUGCGCUCAAGUCUGGGUAAGAUGCCAAAGCUCCAGGGAUUUGAGUUCUGGAGAAACACAUUGAGAGGUGCUCACUAUGUAGUUGCUCCUAUGGUGGAUCAAAGUGAACUAGCUUGGAGACUACUGAGCCGUCGCCAUGGAGCCCAGUUGUGUUAUACACCCAUGCUGCAUGCUCAGGUCUUUGUCAGAGAUGCCAAUUACCGCAAAGAGAAUUUAUACUGUGAUGUGUGCCCUGAGGAUCGGCCACUGAUUGUGCAGUUCUGUGCCAAUGACCCUGAAGUGUUUGUCCAGGCUGCACUGUUGGCUCAGGAUUAUUGUGAGGCCAUAGACCUGAAUUUGGGUUGCCCUCAGAUGAUUGCAAAAAGAGGUCAUUAUGGAGCAUUCUUGCAAGAGGAGUGGGCUCUUCUCCAGAAAAUGAUUUUGCUUGCUCAUGAGAAGCUCUCUGUUCCCAUCACAUGCAAAAUCCGUGUUUUCCCAGAAAUUGACAAGACAGUGAAGUAUGCACAGUUGCUGGAGAAGGCUGGCUGCCAGCUACUGACUGUCCAUGGCCGCACUAAGGAACAGAAGGGAUCUCUUGCUGGUGUGGCAUCCUGGGAGCAUAUCAAGGCUGUGAGGAAGGCUGUGAGCAUCCCUGUGUUUGCAAAUGGAAACAUCCAGUACCUCAGUGAUGUGGAAGAGUGUAUGCAGAAGACAGGAGUGCAUGGUGUCAUGAGUGCAGAGGGUAAUCUUCAUAACCCAGCUCUGUUUGAGGGCCGAAACCCUGUGGUAUGGGAGAUGACUGAGGAGUACCUGGAGAUAGUGCACCAAUAUCCUUGCCCACUGUCUUAUGUCAGGGCUCAUCUCUUCAAGCUCUGGCAUCACACGCUGCAGGUUUACCAGCAGCUUCGUGAAGAACUGGCAAAAGCGAAGACUCUAGAGGGCAUUGCAGAUGUCAACAGAGACCUGAAGCUGCGAUGCCAGGAGGAAAUAGCUAAUCAGAAAGAAGGAGAGGAGCCGAAGGGAGGAUUGCCUUUCUUCCAUUGGAUCUGUCAGCCAUACAUCAGGCCAGGGCCAAAGGAGCUGUGUAAGGAAAAUGGAACCAGUGGGAGUGAAGGAGGCAUGCGAGGGAAACGAGCCCUGGAGGAUGAGGAUGAUGGAAACUCUGAUACUCUCUCAAAGAAUAAACAAAAGAAAAAAUUGAGAAAUCCAAAUAAACGCUUUGAUCCAUCUUUGAAACCUAAAUAUGCAAAAUGUGAUCAUUGUGGAAACCCAAAGGGUAACAAAUGUGUGUUUAAUCUGUGCCGAGGAUGCUGUAAGAAAAGAGCAUUUAAAGAGAUUGCAGACUGUUCAGGCAAGUAUAGCCCCACCACUCUGCCAUGUUCUUUGGCACCACUGGGCCUGUAUAAAACCAAAUUGUCCAAGUCAAAAUAAGUGAUUAAUACAUAUGGAAGUGGUAUGGCAUUUUAAUGUCCUUUGUUAAGAUGCAUAAUUAGAAAUAUUAGUUUAAAAUCCUGAGUGUCCUAGCUUUCAUGGAAAUGUUUUACUUAGCAUUGGCCACUGUAAUAGAGCACCAACAUAACACCAGCUUUUGCUCUUCCUCCUGAAGCCUCAGAGUGCAGCAUCUCCAACCUAAAAGCAUAAUAAAUUUUCCAGAGCUGCACAUAGUUACCCCAGGGCAGUGGCUGCUCAGUUCCCCACUGAACAGGCACUUCAGUGUCAAUUUAUUAUUUAUCUUUCUUUGUCAGGUCAUGGAUUACUUUUUAAAACCAAAUAUGAAAAGUCCCUUCUGUGGAAAAGUGGCCAACCAGAGAUGCAGAAGAUUGAAAGGACGCAGAAAGGGGAUGUGGAGGAAACUGCUGGACUGAAAGAGGGUAUUAACACGGUACUGUGAGACUCCAAACUAGAUUCUACUGGAUCUGCUUCCCUGUCUCUGUUUCCCUAGGCCAAAGAAUCUGCCAUUCCAGAGCACGAUCAGCAGCCUGCAGUAGUUCCACAGGUUUGUUCUAAGGUCUGGACAAGUUUUAUUUAAGGAAAAGCUGCUUACUCAGGGAAAUAUCCUGCCUUUGAAUAAAAGGAUGCAACUAAAGUUCUCAAUGUCUUUUAAAGACUUUAAAGGACUCAGCCAGAAGCACUGGCCUGAAAAUGCUGCACUGGGGUGGGGGGCGAUGAUGUAGUAAGGUCAUGAACUGCCUGUUGUACAUUAACCUUUCAUGUGCUGUUUUAAAAGUGGGGAAUAAAUCUUUGAUAUUAGAA